AUGUUGACAUAUAGUUGGCAUGGUCCCAGCUGGACUGGGGCCGCAAGACGGUCGCUAGGUAUCUGUCUCCUACUACUCGUGGUGGUCUUGUGGACGGCUUCGAACUUUCUGGCUAGUACCAUCUUCGCGGAUAAUUCAUAUUCGAAACCGUUCUUUGUGACCUACAUCAACAGCUCGCUGUUCAUUAUUCCUCUCUUCUCGAUCAUCCUGGGCAGACUAUUCAAACUAUGGCGCCAGGGUAGAUUGUCUCAGAUCGAUUCUAUUCAAAGCCUGUUGCUCCAUCUUGAUUCGCACGAUUCGAAGCGCGAGGCACCCGACGUGCUGCAUCCCUCCUCUUUCGCAGAUAGACAACAGAGUGAGAACGAAGUUGAUAACUCUAGCAAGCUGGGCUUGAGGGCGACUGCGAAGUUGAGCUUCCAAUUUUGUCUAUUAUGGGUCCUUGCGAAUUAUUUCGCAAUGGCCUGUCUGCAAUACACAACAGUAGGAAGUACCACCAUCCUAACUUCAACUAGCGGGGUCUGGACCCUCAUCUUCGGCGCAAUGAUCGGGGUGGAACGGUUCACCGUCCGCAAACUCGCCGGCGUUAUCGCUUCCCUGAUCGGAAUCAUCCUCAUCUCCCGAGUAGAUCUGUCGUCAACGGACUUCCCGCCCGCAGAUGAUGGCAGUUCGGGUACCUUCCCCCACAAGACGACCGCCGAGAUUGCCCUCGGCGAUGCGAUGGCCGCAUUCAGCGCUGUCAUGUACGGCGUCUACACUAUCGUCCUAAAGAGGCAAGUUGGUGAUGAGUCGCGGGUCAAUAUGGUGCUGUUCUUCGGGCUAGUGGGACUCUUUAAUAUGCUCUUGCUCUGGCCGGGAUUCAUCAUCUUACAUUUCACCGGGAUCGAGCCGUUCGUUCUCCCUGAUACCGGGAGAAUAUGGACUAUAGUGCUGGUAAAUUCAUUCUCAUCACUAGUUUCAGAUAUAUGUUGGGCGUAUGCGAUGCUCCUUACCACUCCGCUUGUCGUGACUGUCGGGCUGAGUCUGACCAUCCCGCUUUCGCUUGUGGGUCAAAUCUUCCUGCAGGGACAGUAUUCGAGUGCGAUAUACUGGGUUGGUGCCGCUAUAGUGUUUUUGUCAUUUCUAGUAGUCAACCAUGAGAGUCGGGAUGAUAAGCUGGAGGCAAACUCGGCGGCCGGGUACGAUGCUGUCCCUGGUGACGAGACAGGCGAUACCGCUUGA